ACUGCAGACUCAGUACAGGAGAUGACCAGAGACUGCGGACACAGUACAGGGGAUGACCAGAGACUGCGGACACAGUACAGGGGUUGGCCAGAGACUGCGGACAGUACAGGAGAUGACCAGAGACUGCAGACACAGUACAGGAGAUGACCAGAGACUGCAGACACAGUACAGGAGAUGACCAGAGACUGCGGACAUAGUACAGGGAAUGACCAGAGACUGCGGACACAGUACAGGAGAUGACCAGAGACUGCGGACACAGUACAGGAGAUGACCAGAGACUGCGGACACAGUACAGGAGAUGACCAGAG